CUUCCUUUCUUCUCCUCCAAUCCACGAUCUCCUUUCCCUGCUGCUCCUUCAUCGCCGGGGGCGGCUCGCCGGCUUCUCGACCCUGGAUGCUUCUGGAACCUCUAGAACCUCCUCCACGCCGCUCUGAUCCUCCUUAGGCCUCGCCACUCGCCAGCCCGGGCACCCGCGCCUCUCCCCCGUGCGCACCGGAAGCUCAGACUCCGCGCGCCCGACGAACCAACAUUUCUCCAUUGCGCGCCGCCGCCGCCGCCGCCUCGCCCCCCAUGGGCCGGUUCGGGUGGCUCCGGCACGCCUCCAGGUCACUCGCGCUCCGCUUAGGAGAGGUGGCUGCGCAGAGGAGCACAUGGGUUCGGCAGAAUGCACCUUGCAGCUCUACUGGCAUGUAUAUUGGUGAUAAGUACAAUGGCCGAUUCAUGCUGUUGUCAUUUAUAUCAAGCAGGAGUUUUCAUGCUACAGGUCACUGCUGUUCGAUAGAUAAAGAUUAUUACAAAAUUCUUGGUGUUCCUAAGGAUGCAUCGCAGGAUGACAUCAAGAAGGCUUUUCAUUCUCUUGCAAAAAAGUACCAUCCGGACACAAAUAGAGGCAAUGCUGCUACAAAAAGGAUGUUUCAGGAAAUAAGAGAUGCAUACGAGACAUUACGGGAUCCUUCAAAGAGAGAGCAAUAUGACAUGCUAUUCUCUAGAGGGUCAAGGGGGAAGUUUGAUGGGUCUUAUCACGACACAUUCUCAGGAUCCAACAAUCAGAACCAUGACCCUUUCACAGAAUUCCACAGACAGAAUGAUGGCCAUUUCUCUAGUAGAUUCUAUAAAAUAUUUUCUGAGGUUUUCCAACAAGCGACAAAUAUGCAUGCAAAUGAUAUUAAGGUAGAGUUGAAUCUAUCUUUCAGUGAAGCUGCCAAAGGGUGCAUAAAGCAAGUGUCCUUUAGUGCAAAAAAUGUUUGUGAUUCGUGUGGUGGGAGAGGUCACUUGGCAAAUGCAAAGAAAUAUGUUUGUCCCUCUUGUAAAGGUUUAGGAAGAGUAAGUACUUGCUGUUACUUUCAAAGUUUUCGUGCAGAUAUGUAUGGUUCAUAUGUUUUGGGAUUAUACUGCUGGUUUAUGCAGAUCACUUCAUAUCCAUUCACAACCACCUGUGGUUUUUGCAGAGGUGCUGGGAAAGUAAUUAUGGAUCACUGCUUGACAUGCGAAGGUUCAGGGGUGGUAGAUGGUAUGAAAAAUGUAGAAGUGAAGCUCCCAGCAGGAAUUGAUUCUGGUGAUACAAUUCAUGUAAGGGACGCUGGAGAUAGUGGUGGACUUGGCACCCAGCAUGGAAGUCUAUACAUCAAAAUUCAAGUAGCAAAUGAUCCAGUGUUUAGGCGAGAUGGUGCUGAUAUACAUGUCAAUAAAAAGAUAAGCUUCACACAGGCAAUGCUUGGUGGCAUGGUUGAAAUACCUACUUUAAAUGGCACAACAGAAGUGAAGAUACCCAAAGGAGUCCAACCAGGUCAUGUUUUAGUUUUAAGGGGAAAAGGGUUGCCAAAUCUGUCGGGAUACUUUGGGGAUCAAUAUGUACAAUUCCAAAUUCAUUUCCCCUCGGUGGUCUCUGAACGUCAACGUGCGCUGCUGGAAGAAUUUAUAUUAGAGGAAGCUACAAAAGAACAGAAUACUUCUAUAGUAGGAAACUGGUGGGAGCUAGUCGCAGAAAAUAUGACGGGGAAAAAUGUCAUGGUCGGAGCCGGCAUCCUCCUACUGAUUCACCUGAUACUGAGCAAGGCUGUGAGCUAAGGCUUAGAAGCUGUACUUUUGCUGGUGCAGUGAGGCAACAUGAUAAAUUCUAUGAAGAUUUGGGCGGCUUCACACAAUAGAACAUAGGGUUACGAUUCCUUAAAGAUUCUUUGCACCCAUGAGAGAUCACAAUUUUGGAGGCGUCGUCAGCUAGAAGAUUGGGGGGUUUCUAAGGGGAAGGACAAUCGUAAUAAAAUAUUUUAGGCCAGUCUCAAUAGGAGUUUUAUCGUAAGUUUUAUAAACAUUAAAUAUUAUACCAUAUUAGCAAUUUUGCUGAUUCGGCAGUGUCAUUAUGAGGAGAGAUGAGGGAGAGUUUCGUCACCAUGAAAUGAAAUCCAACUGGCACAGUUACUGUGUUCUCGGUCUUGGUAACUGUUUACUGAGACUAGCUUUAGCAUCACAUUGCUCGGAGCUUCUGUGAGUGUCAUCUGCGUUGCCUAAAUUUGGUUGUGAUUUC